AGCCCAGGCUACACCAGCUCUGCCUCUCCACCUUACCCUAAUCUGCUCCGCUGCUCUGAAAUCUGUUGCAUCUCUCGCAGAAAUGAAUCUCCUGGGCAUCACUGUGGUUCUGGUAGGACUGGUGGGGGUAUGGGCUCAGCACAAUGUGCUACGACCCUUGUGUGACUCGCCUGAGGCAGAGGAGGCUGCUCUGGUGGCUCAGGAUUACCUCAACAGCCAGCACACCCAUGGCUACAAGUAUGCACUGAACAGGAUUGAGGACAUCAAGAUCUAUACUACGGCUGAUGGAGGCAGCACAUACCUCCUGGAAGUUGACCUGCUGGAGACAGACUGUCAUGUGUUGGACCCAACACCUGUUGCCAACUGCACAGUCAGAGCCAAAGCACUGACGGCAGUAGAAGGAGACUGUGAUGUGGUGCUGAAGAAGGUUGGCGGAGCUCUGACUGUCACAGCAUUCAAGUGUAAAACAGAGGAGUCAACCGAGGACCUGUGCUUGGGCUGUCCCACCCUGCUUCCCCUAAAUGACACCACAGCUCUAGACUUUGUCCACGCAUCUUUGUCAACCUUCAACAACAUGACCGUGAACGAAACGUACACAAUUCUGGAGGUUGGAAGGAUGUCAUCACAGCUUGUGGCUGGUGGGCCGAUCUAUACAGCAGAAUAUGUUGUUGUUGAGGCUAACUGCACUGAUGACACCUGUGUGCCCCUGGACAACGCCAAUGCUGCACGUGGUAUUUGUUCUGCCAGAGGUUUGAAUGCUCAUCACACAGUGGACUGCAAGAUGUUUGCCACUCUGAUGCCUAUCGUAGAUGCCAACAGCACUGCACCUGCAGCUCCCGUGCCACCACUGGUGGCCCACGUACAUACAGGCAGCCUUUCACGCAAGCAUGGUCUGAGACACCACAAACUGACUGCCAUGCAUGACCCUCACCUGAGCGGUCUUUUGUCUGCAGAAUCACAAGAGUCAGCUGAAGUUGUACCUGCAGUCCCUGCAGUUGUUGUUGAUGCUGCAGCUGCUGUGGAUCCAGCUGUACCAGCUGCUGAUCCAGCCGCAGAUCCUGCUCCAGCUGCCGCUGAUGCGUCUUCAGAUGCCUCAUCCAGUGCCGAAGUCCCUAUUCUCCUGAUGAAGAGAGAAGCUCCUGCUGCAGAUGCUCCUGCAGUGGUUGACACCCCUGUGGUGCUUGUGCCAGUGUGCCCAGGAAGGGUCAGAUUCUUCUAAGUGUUCAGGUCGCACAGACACUAUAAUUUUUUUCUUCAGCUUCACUGGUGCUAGACUAAAAUGUGACUUUAAUUGAUAAAUGAACACGUCCUCCGACAUGUUGAUGUAACACCAAUACACUGGCUACAAACAAGGAACAAGCCAUUAUUUAAAAUCACCAAAUCACAUAAGCAUUCAAAAAGACUGUAAAAUUAAGUUGUAUUUGAUACUGCUGAAUAAACAUCUCAACUCAAA